GGUCUGUCAUAUUUCCUGUAUCGUCUGCAUAAAAGGUUGCAGUUGUAUUAAGUUCAGUAGUUCAGUAGUACCCGGGACCCUCCACUUGUCGUAUUAGAAUUAAUUGCGAAUACUUGUGUCAAAGCGUUCUAAAAGAUUAUCCAACUAAAUUCAUGCUUAUAAGUGUCUGCAAACUUUCAACUUAAUCCUUAAUCUUAUUGAAUUAAGACCGGCAGCUGGAACAUGAAGCGCCUUACGUGUUCGGGCCAUAUUUUCGGGAUUAUAACGUAUUUUUUAGCUGCAUGUUUAAUUAUUAAUUGUGUGGAUGCGGAAAGCGCACAGGAAUGGACAGAGAAAGCCAAAGAAGAACUGCGCAUCGCACUGCAAACUAAACCAAUUGAAGUGCGUCCGAAAAACGUGAUAUUCUUUUUGGGUGAUGGAAUGGGCAUCGCGACGCUGACCGCUGCCCGGAUUUACAAAGGUCAACGGGAAGGAAGAACCGGGGAAGAAGGUUUCUUGGCGUUCGAGCGGUUUCCACAUGUCGGAUUGUCUAAGACAUAUGCAGAUAACACGCAGACAACGGAUUCGGCUGCUGCGGCGACCGCAUUUCUGUGCGGAGUCAAGACCAACCGAGGCGUCCUAGGCGUCAACAGCAAUGUGAAACAGGGCAAUUUCAGCGCGGUUCCGGAAAAUGAAAUAUCCUCCAUUUUCUCCUGGGCGCAAAAUGCCGGAAAAGCGACGGGAAUCGUAACCACCACAUCUGUGACACAUGCAUCGCCAGCUGCAGCGUACGCCCAUUCUGCUUCUCGGAGUUGGGAAAGCGAUAAAUCCAUGCCCCAAGAAGCGAAAGCAUUUUCUAAAGACAUUGCACGCCAGCUGAUAGAAGACACGCCAGGAAAAAAUCUGAAUGUAAUUAUGGGCGGCGGACGAUUGAAUUUUUUACCAAGCAGUGCGAUAGAUCUUCCAUCAAACCAGUCAGGAAAUCGUGGUGAUGAUCGUGACCUUUUACAACUAUGGCGUCAGAUGAAAUCCAACACCUCUGAAGGCUCAACGUCGCACAUUGUGACGGACAACGCUCAACUUAGCCAACUUAAUGCAUCGAACACGACAAACGUUUUAGGGCUAUUCAGCAGGGAUCACAUGGAAUAUGAGCUUCUACGUAAUCGAAGUGCCGCUACUGCCACAGAGCCACCACUUCGUGUAAUGACCAGGAAAGCCUUGGAAAUUCUGCAAAAAUAUCCAAACGGGUUUUUUCUCAUGGUGGAAGCCGGCAAAAUUGACUCCGGUCACCAUUCGGGAAUGGCCAAACGCGCACUGCAUGAUACAUUGGAAUUUGAAGCGGCAGUGGAAGAAGCUCUGAAAAUGGUUUCCACCAAUGAUACAUUGAUUUUAGUGACCGCUGACCAUUCUCAUACCUUGGGAUUGGCUGGUUUUGCGGAACGAGGCACUUCCAUACUGAAAUUUGGAGGGGUCGGAGACGAUCAAAAGCCGUACCUUACACUGUCGUACGCCAACGGACCCGGUCACGUAAAGGAAUGGCCCAGAAGGAAUCUGACGGAGGUGGACACCGAAGCCGAUGAUUUUCGGCAAGACGCUCUCGUUCCGCGGAGUUCCGAAACACAUGGUGGUGAAGAUGUGGCGAUUUACGCGACGGGACCGUUUGCGCAUUUAUUUCACAGUCUGCACGAGCAGAACUACAUUGCGGUGGCCUUGGACUAUGCUGCUUGCUAUCGCAAUCAGACUCCGGCGCACUGCAUAGAUCUUGGCAAUGGCUCAAUUCAAUUUCGACUAAAUGCUCUGGUUACCUUGACCUUUGUUUUCUCUUAUUUAAUGGUACAUAUUUGAGUAAUUUUUAUCUGACUUCUAUUUUCUUGAGCAACAACCUGAAAAACCCGCUAAAACACUAUCAAUUUCUCUAAAAACCCUACAAUCUCAGCUGAAAGAAAGCGAAUACCACAACU